CAGGUAUUGAGCGUCAAGCAGCUUGGAUCAGCAUGAGCUCGUACGAAGACGAGCGCGCUGCGCGCAUCGCGCGGAACAAGGAGAUGCUGCUCUCGCUGGGCAUUGACAAGAAGAUCAUUUCGCCCAAGAAGCGCGUGCUGGCGCCCAAAAAGCAGCGGGGCCGCCCCGUCGGUCGAGCCGCGUCGAGGUGGCGGAGAAGGCCAAGGCCCAAGCCGUACUCCAGGAGCGCUACGAAGCUGCCCUGCUCGCGAAAGAAUCCAUGUCGGAGCAUUCGCGCCGGUACCGAGCCGCGGAGCGCUACGUCGAGGAGCUCAAGCAUGAGCUGGCCACCUUUGACGCUAACUACACGCGGCCCGCGCCAUCGACCAAGAAGGCCAAAGUCAGCACGACCGUCAUUUCCGACUCGAGCGACGACGAGAGUGCGAUCUCGAUCAGUGACAACAGCGACGACCACAAGAGCAGCGACGAGAGCGACGUCGAGGUGUACGUCCCGACCAAGCGCCGGAAGCUGCCGCCCGCCGACGACGUGCUCCAGAACGUGCCCGUGCUGGAGAUGGCCAUUCCCAGCAAGGGCCAGGUCAAGUCGGUAAAGGAAGUGGCGUUGACGCUUCCAAGCGACAAGCAUGUGGGGUGUGCACUGGCGCCGCGCGGCAAGAAACCGCUGCUUGCGUGGCUCUGCCCUGGGUACAUGCCCACGUUCUCGCUCAUGGACGGCCACCAAGUGCUUCUGAACGGCAUGGUGCUCUUCAUGAACGUCGACAUGGACGAUCGCUACAUCAACAUCUUUGCCAAGAACGAGACGACCAACGCGAUCACGGUCACGUGGUUUGCGCGGAAAUCGAUCCAUACGGACCACGUCGUAGCCCAGCAGCUCAUCCACGGCGUCCAAGCCAACGCCAAGAGCGAGCUCCAGACGCACACCAAGCCGACCCUUCUCUUCUUUCGCUUCCACCCCGAGGGCUCGUACAUCUACGCUGGUCGGCUCGCGUACGUCGGUCACAAGGGUGACGCUCCAAUUCAGUUUGAGUUUGAGCUACAGGACGCGCAGCACCUAUGCAACGACCUCGUCGAGCUCAUGCUUGGCUCCUCCUAAUUGUCUCUUUUGUCGAUAUACUCAAUUGAAUGCACCUGUAUGUACUGUG